AUGGAUGCUUGUGGAUCUGCCGGGUGUUUGGCUGGAGCUGCGGACUCGCACGCUCGGCGAGUGUCUGGCUCGGCGCUGCUUUCUGCCAAGAAGCUGGCCUACCGGCAGGUCGGCGACCAGCGAUUGCCUAUGCCCAAGACGCGCAUCGAGCGCGUCAACCCUGACGACGAGAACGACAAGCGCACGAAGAUCGUCGGUCGCACCAUCAACGAGACGCUUCCACCCCACACCCGUCGCAUAUUCUUUGAGCAGCAUCUGCCAAAGAGAGCGCUUGCCCGCCGAUGGAUCCGAUGCAACGCCGUCAUCAAGUUUUGCCAGGCCGUCAACGCGACCCGAGCCGCGAUGGAGGAGAAGACGCUCGCGUGGGAUCGUGCCGCGCAGGCGCACGACCGCCACUGCAUGCUGCGCGAGGAUACGUUCGUUCCGACCAUCGCCGAUCAGACCAAGCGUCGCGGCGGCCAAGCAGGGAAGCGCAAGCGUGUCGAUCAACCCAGAGACGACCAGGGGGCAGGAGAUUGGAUCGCUACGGCCAAGAUGCCCCUCAGAGAAGCGACCCAAGACACGACCGGCGAUGACGGCACGCCAGGUCAAGCCGCCCAACCAAGACCGUCCGCGCCACUCGUUCUCGACUCCAGACCACCAAUCGUGCAAACCGAGCCGACAAAGGCGAAAAAGUCAUAG